AUGUGUUUUGGCAAAUCUCAUUACGUGGAGGACAACAAGUUGGCGGCGCGGCCGGCGCGCAAAUACGGCGACAGACACAAGUACGGAAUGCAAAAGUCAUCUCGUCCGCACGACUCAAGUGAUGCAGCCGUCAUCACAGCCGCUGCAGGUACCAGCUCCUAUCAACAAAACCAGUAUGCAUAUGGCGGACAGUCUCAUUCGCACGGUCAUCACGGCAUGAGCCAUCACGACGGAUUUCAUUUUGGGGGAGGUCAUGAUGUGGGAGGCGGGAGUCACUCGGGAGGGGCCGAUGGAGGCGGGGGUGGUGGAGGGUUUUGA